GAUAGAGGCUGCAAUCUCUUUAUUUCUCAGCCUGAUUAUUCUUGGCAAGGUUGACGCCCAGGGGCGAUCCUCGAUCAUCGCACCACAGGGAGACAUCAGAAGAGGGGUAAUGCGUUGGCAGCGAGUUAUAAAUGAGUGCUGAGCGCCACUGGCCAGCCUUGCUGUCGGGAGGGGCUUCCAGGCUUGACUAACGCUUGUUCUUUUCCUCACGUUUGAAUCAGACUUUACACAGCAUGCGGUUCUAUGAGAUUGCGCCCCUUGCCCUUUGGGUAGGUAGAGGUGCGGCGAGUGGUCACCAGCUCUUCCACGACAAAUUUCAGUUAGACGAGCUGCCUAACAUGGCAUCACUGGCCGACGCCAAACUGAAAGACAUCGUACUCCCCGACUCUCUCUCUGACUUUACAGAGUGGAUCGGAGGAAUCGCAGAACCACAAGCCUUUGGCCUACAGCCCAGGCAACAACAAUGUGCCGACGCAGGUUACUACCCAUGCUCGAGCGGUCUCGGAUGCUGUCCUUCAGGCAGUACCUGUAUCUCCAGCGGCUGCUGUCGCGGCAACGCCAAAGAAUGCGGUUCCGGCCGCUGUUACGACCCAUCAUCCCAAAUCUGCUGCAGUAGCGGUACAGCAUGUCUGAAAAGUCAGACUUGUGUCAAUGGAGGAUGCUGCAGCAGAGGCGAGUCCAAAUGUGGUUCGUCAGGAUGCUAUAAUCCCGACACGUCAGUUUGCUGUGGUGGUGUCGGUAGGAAUUGUCCCAAGGGAUAUGACUGCAUGCCAGGUGGUGGAUGUUGUCCAUCUGGUCAGAAGCGCUGCGGAAACAGCAAGUGUUAUAACCCCAAAACAACGACUUGCUGUACUGGAACUGGGACUGUUUGGGCGUGUCCAAAGUCCAGUGACUGCUGUUCAACUGGCUUCUGUGCCAACCCCUCGACUCAAAGGUGUUGCAAGAAUGGCUCGUGCUUGAAGGGUACUACGUGCUGUGAAAAGGAGUGCUGUAAGUCAAUUGGCUACUGUGGCUCUGACGGGUACUGCAAGCCCUGUCCUGCUGCCACUUCGACGAUCAAGUCGACCGACACAGUUACAACGACCAAGAUGAAGACUGUGCGAGUUACAACUGACAUCGAGCCUGACACCGGUAACGCUCCUGAAUUUACUUGUGUGCCCAUGACGGCAACCAACGACGAGGGUGCGACACUUGAGCUAGAUGAGGGAUGCACCCUACACUACGAACCCCCGGAAGCUACCACCACAGACGAUAGCGCUGCUCGUCUUCGUCGCGAUGUCGCAACAGCACCAGCCCCCGUCAACAAUCUCUUGGCCAGACAAUUAUCGUGCACACCUUAUACCAUUUAUACAACAACGGAAUGGGAGACCGAGACGAAGACUGAAACUGGCACAAAGACUGUCACGGUGCAAGGCGAAGAUGCGACGUUCUCGUGUCCUGAGAUGGAAGUCACUAACGAUGUGGGCGAUACUUUGGCUCUCGAUGCUGAGUGUGUUUUGUCAUUUACGCCGGCUGAGACAACGAGUUCUGAGGAGGGGGCCUCGGCGCAAGAUCGGCCGACGAAUGGACCGGCUGGAACUGGGGAGAGCACUACUACGGUGACGGCUACUGCAGGAAGCGGAGGGUCGAAUGGUAAUAGUGGCUCUGUUGAGAAGGCUUCUUUGUCGCUGAUAUUGAGUUUUGUUGGAGUAGUGACGUUGAUGUUAGUAGUUUAGUUUGGCUCAAUGUUAAAUAGCUAUAAUAGCUUUGAUAAUCUUGACAAGGUCUUUUCCCU